GAAGCGCGCGCGCGCAUGGCGAGCCCCCGCGUGUGAGUGCAGUUCGCUUUUCAUCCUCGGUGAACGUCAUAAUCCGUAAUACAUUUAAUACUGAUUUUGCUUUUUGCGCACUGGUGGUGGAAGAGAGAGAGGAGUUGCGCGUGCACACAGCGCGGAGAGAGAGAGAGAGAGAGGUGGGGAUGUGGGGGAGCACAGGGGAGACGCACACAAUCGCACACGCACACACACACACACACUCACACACAGCGAGCAGCGGAGGAGCGGCGCUGUACCGCAGUCGUGGCGCGCGCUCACACCCUCGCCUCGCGGUCACACCUCCGUCUCCUUCUGUCCGUUCCGCCUGUUUUUCCUUUCUUUUUUCUCUAUUUCUGCAGAUGAACCGACGCGGGGGGUUUCAUUGAGGCGACCACCCUCCACGCGCGCGCUCCGUUUAAAUGCCCCCUCUGUGCUGCGGCCGCCGAACGCGCGCCGUUGUGCCGCGAGCCGCGGACUGCGCGCGGGGCGCUCGGACCCCUCACUCCCACGGUGGGACCCCGCGAUGAGGACUGUCUUCCACCUUCGGCGACGCGCGUGUGAGCGAGCAGCGCGUGAGUCACAGAGCGUCGCUCCCGCGUUGUGCGCGCGCAUGUGGGCGUGUGUGUGAGAGCGCGUGGCUCACUGUCCGUUCGGGGGUCCGAUUCGCAGGGUCCGGAGCGCCCAACCCAGUGCCGUUAGCGACCCCGCGGUGCGCCGCAAGAGAAGGCGCGCGUGAGGGAGUCAAUGUGUCAGUCAGCCAGUCGGGCAGCGGUGCACCGCGCGUGAGCCGGUUUCCGGGCAGAAUCUGUUGCGCUGUGCGCGUGGCGGCGAGGCGGGGGGGGGGCAUCGCGGUCCUGCGGAGGACGCCGGGUAGCGGCAUGGUGGAGCGUCUGUGCGCGCGAGCUUCUCGGAGGUAGGAGCGAAAAGCCCACCGGAGCCUGGGGCUCGGUCAGCCUGGACACCCGACGGUCAGCGCCCAACGGUCACGGUGCUCAGCACCCAACCGCCAACGGCCGCAGCGCUCUGGACCCAACGGUCAGGACCCAACAGUCACAGCGGUCAGGACCCAACGGUCAACAACCAGCAGUCAAAGCACUUGACUCCUGAUCCCGCGGUCACAGAGGUCGGCACCCGACAGUCAGGACCAAGGCCAGCGGGGACGAGCGACCCAGCGGUCGACGUUGUCAGCGUCCAAAGCACCGCCAGCUGAGGCCACGCCCCUGCUCGAGACGGGGCGGAGUCAGGCGUAGGGUCGCCCUCCCACUCAACCCAGGGGCCUGGAGCUGAAGCGCAGGGGUGCCCCUUCAGGAUGCAGGUGUCCUUCGCCUGCACCGAGCACAACCUGAAGAGCCGCAGUGAGGACCGGCUCUGCGGCCUGCGCACCGCGCCGCCACCGGGGGGCGGGGGCGGCGGACAGGGGGGCAACGGCCACCACGGCACCCAGAGCCUGGCCAAACCCAAGGAGGUCACAUCGGUCGCCAUGAAGAACGUCCCCCAGGGCCACGCCCACAUGAAGGAGGCCAUUGGGCGGCACAGCAGCAUGAAGUACAGGAACCUUGGGAAGUCGGGCCUGCGCGUGUCCUGCCUCGGCCUGGGCACCUGGGUGACCUUCGGAUCGCAGAUUUCUGACGAGAUGGCCGAGAGCCUGAUGACCAUCGCCUACGAGAACGGCAUCAACCUGUUCGACACUGCGGAGGUGUACGCCUCGGGGAGGGCUGAAAUCACCCUGGGCAGCAUCAUCAAAAAGAAAGGAUGGAGACGCUCCAGUUUUGUGGUAACCACCAAAAUUUACUGGGGAGGACAGGCGGAGACAGAGAGGGGGCUUUCCAGAAAGCACAUCAUUGAAGGUCUGCGGGGGUCGCUGUCCAGGCUGCAGCUGGAGUACGUGGACAUCGUCUUCGCCAAUCGCACGGACGUCAACAGCCCCAUGGAAGAGGUGGUGCGCGCCAUGACCUUCGUGAUCAACCAGGGUAUGGCCAUGUACUGGGGCACGUCACGCUGGAGCGCCAUGGAGAUCAUGGAAGCGUACUCCGUGGCCCGCCAGUUCAACCUGAUCCCGCCCGUUUGCGAGCAGGCUGAGUACCACUACUUCCAGAGGGACAAGGUGGAGGUCCAGCUGCCAGAGCUCUACCACAAGAUCGGUGUGGGAGCGAUGACCUGGUCUCCGCUGGCCUGCGGUCUGAUCACGGGGAAGUACAACGAAGGUGUCCCUGAUUGUUCCAGAGCUGCCAUGAAGGGCUACCAGUGGCUGAAGGAACGCGUGAACAGCGAGGAGGGCCGCCGACAGCUCGCCAAAAUCAAAGAGCUCCACCUGCUGGCUGACAGGCUGGGCUGCACCGCCGCACAACUCGCCAUUGCCUGGUGUCUCCGCAGCGAGGGCGUGAGCUCUGUGCUUCUGGGGGUCUCCAACACGGAGCAGCUGGUGGAGAACCUGGGUUCCCUGCGGGUUCUGUCUCAGAUGACGCCGCAGAUGGUGAGCGAGAUCGACUCGCUCCUUGGGAACAAGCCCCACUCCAAGAAGGAGUCUCGUGCAUGAGGGGUGCGAAGGGGCCCAGGAGAGAGAGAGAGAAAGAGAGACGGGACACUGAGGGGGGAAGCGCCGCUUUUUUCCGCCCCUCUAACACCCACCCCUCCUUGCAUGUCUUUUCAGCAUCAUGCUUUCGGUGAAGUUCUGCUCACUGCACAUCUCCCUAUAGCUUAUCUCGGAGAGAAGAGGACGACAUACGUCAACGAUUGUCCGGUUGACUUCAGGUCUCCGGUAGAAUGUUCUGGAAACAGGCUGUUCAGGACGUGACCCUUACGGAAACUGCCGGCAAGUUAAGAGAGUCGCUGUGGGCAGAACCGCAGUCCGCAGACUGUCACACGAGCGCUACCACGUUAUGUCCCUCUGCCCUGCGGUGCAGACAGCGUAGUGAUGAGUGGGUAAGAGGCGCAGGGCGGGACAGUGCCAUCGCCCAGAGUUUCACGCCAUCGUCCACGUGUGGGAAACCUGGGUUCCGAUUCGUCCUCGUUGAGAUGGAUAAGUGGGUUCCCGAGGGGCCACGUCAAGUACGGAGCUGAGGUAAAACCCGGACUCACUGCCUACGUGGGGAUGGGGUUACUGCAGCGUGGACCUGCACAUGGCACAGUGACGGCGGAUUGUCCCUUAUGUGCAGCUUCGUCUCCUCGCAGAACCUUGAUCCUGGAGCACAUUUCAGAUUCCAGGCACAAUGGAGCCAUUUCCUUUUAUUUAUUUCUUUGCAUCUAUCUAUCUAUCUAUCUAUCUAUCUGUCUAUCUGUUUCUUUGUUUUCCUGUUUACUGGUUCGUUUGUCUUUUUGAAGACUGUUCACUCAGUAUGUUAAUGUCAUGUUAAUUAUAUGCUAAUUAGAAAUGGAAGACCAGUCCGAGACGAAGUUGCGUGCUGCACGGGAGGCUCACUGCUGACCCCGGUGCAAUCUUUCUUUAAUUUUACUUUGAGAUUUUACAGGGGUUAAAACACCGUAUCUCAUACAGAAGGAAAUUAUAGUAAUCAUAAUUGGAUUUGUACUCUUUUGAGAUGAACGGGGGUGCUCGUUGUAUGCCAGUGUAGAUACUCCAGUGUAUGAUUGCGCUACUUCACCUGGUUAUUACUGGACGAGGGACCCGGUUCUUAUACAGCAAUUUCCCCCGAUGACAUGACUCAUGAAUAUUAAUCGCAUGAUGAUGGGCGAAGCGAAGUAGCUUAGUAUAGUGGCUCUGUGUGCCUUUGAUUUUGACCGCAAACAGUGGUUAAAGGAAAGGCCUCUGGGGGUUUGUGAGGUUCGGCACAGGAAGGGUGAGUCCGUGGAACACGUGGCACGUGGAGUCAAGCGCACGGCCCAUGAAAGAGAACCGAGGAUGACCUUUGACCGGAGGCGUGUUCCUCAUUCAUUCAUAAUCUGUCUUUAGAGCAAUGCUUCUGGGAUUACUACUGCUACUACUAGUGCUACUACUGCUGAUAAUUCUUAUUAAAAUUAUUAGUAACAUAUUUAUUGAUUUUCUAGCUAUAUGAAUCUCUUGAGUGAUUUUAGGCAUAAAACAUAAUGUUUUACAGAGAGAGUCAUAAUGUGCUCUGCUCUUAGUUUUACUGAUAGCAUUAUGUGUGUGUGGGGUUUUGACUGGACAUGCAAACACCGAACAGCGAGAAAGACGCUUUACCCACAGAACACGUCUAACUACAGCAAAAUACAAGCUUUGUGUACAAAUACAUCGAUUAUAAAAUUUUGUUGUAAGGACACUUUUCUAUCGUGACGUCUGGAUCAACCCUUACAAGCUCAGUCUGUAACUGGUGUUUAGUCAUUUUUACUGUGGGUGUGGACUGAUUACUCACGAUGAGCAACAUUGGUUCAUAGACGCUGACGCGUAUGGUCAUCUCUUUUAGAAGUAUUCUUGGAAUUUCCUACGACGGUCAGUUCCAUCGAUGUUGCCUGCAUUCACAUUCUGUGUCCCUGUGUGUGUGUGUGUGUGGAGGACUGGCGGAGAGACUUUCAUUCAUUCACAUUUGCCAGUUUUAUUACACCAGGUUGCAGUAUUAGAAGCCAAAAGAUUUAAUUUUUCUAAAUAAAUGUCAGCUUGUACAAUUUUUUAUGAAUAAGCACGUAAAUGAUGACCACUGCUGCAUCGGCCCCACGGUGGGAAUCGUUAGGGAAAAAUAAUCUGCCAUAGAUAAUGGGGGAAAUAUGUCAGCCGCGGUGGACUGUUGUGCUCGUCUAUCUUAUCCCUUUAACGUGCAGCUCGGGCAGGAUGCAUGUGGUGUGUUUCCGUUGACCUGGACUGACGGGAGCAGGGAGCCAGUGGACAUCGCUCUGCAUGGUGGCUUCCUCUCCACGGCGGCACUGGGGAAACUUGGUGGAACACGCAGAGUGCCAACACACCUCUCAUCAACCUCAUCGGGAUCGGUGUCGUGUUCUCGAGGAGCAGCGUUACGUCCUUCACGGUGUCUCACCAAAGAGCAACAGCGCCCUCAGGAUGUUUCUACCAUAUGAACAUGUCUGCUAGAAGGUGUAUUUUUACAGGGUUUCCUUUCGCUGCUGUCCUCUUCCUGGCGUGGGCGUCACCACUCAUGAAAGGACAGAUGAGUCGAUUCCACCGCUCAUGAAAGGACAGUUGAGUCGAGUCCGACGCUCAUGAACGGCCACUUGAACCCACCACUCAUGAAAGCACAGUUGAGUCCACUGCUCACAAAAGGACAGCUGAGUUGAGUCCAACACUCAUGAACGGACACUUGAAUCCACCACUCAUGAAUGGACACUUGAAGCCGCCGCUCAUGAAAGGACAGUUGAGUCCACUGCGCUGUUGGACCACAGGGAGAGAAAAGGGCGUUGGUCUCUAGCGUUCGGUGAAAUCAAGAGCAAACGUGUCAGGGCUGGAUGACGCCGUGGCCAAAGCGCCUUCAUACGUGGUCUGGACUCUGCUGCAGAACCGUCCCACCUCAGCAGCCCUUACCCCACACGAGGGACUUCACCCCACAGCCCAUGCUGAAUUUUAGAUAUAGAAAACCUGCUUUUAGUGAACCUCAGUGGGCUGCCAGCUUGCUUCUGUUGUACUGAGAGACACACAAACCGAAGGCCUCCGCGCCACCGGGUGGGGGACAUGAGGACAACGCUCGAUGUUGUUUAGCGGAAUUGACGAUCAGCCGGUCGAUGUACAUAAACCAGUUGCACUCCUUACUACUGUAACUUUGCCUGUAUAACUUAUAUAUUACUGUCUUGCAAAAAAAGAAAAAAGAAAACAGCCCUGUAUUGAAUGUACUUUGCUUGCCUUUAAAAACUACCAGAUGAUAUGAUCUUCUUCCAUGAUAUAACUCCUGUGUUAUUGGGUCGGUAGCUGUAGAAUAUUGAUCACUCUGAGCAGAAGAGACUCCCCCGUUUUUGUUUCCCCUUGAAUGACCCUGUCUCCUUCCCCCCGGUGCGUUUUGUGUGGGAAUGGAGUGUGUUAGCGGAGAGGCUGACAGACACACAGACACACACACACACACACACACACACACACAAAAGUGCACACAAACAAAGGGAGACGGAGUGUGACAGGCACUUGUGGAAGGACAGGUGGUAAUUCUGAGAUCCAGUCCCACACUGUUGGGUAUCAACUGAAUGCAGAGGACACAGCUAUGUACCGAACACUCCAGUUGGGCAGUUACACACACCAUGAAAUUUCUGCCCCAAGUUCAUCUGAUCGUACAUGUCUGAAAGGCAUCUCCUCGACUUCGCUUCUGUUUUCUGCCCUUUUUACGUCAUGUCUGUUUUUAAUGCACUCCUGUUUGAGCCGCUGUAUUUAUUAAGGGCCUGAGAGCAGGCAGGACAGCUUGUGCGGACCUUGGACUUAUAACCUGAAGGUGUCCAGGUCAGGUCUUUCGUGAGCGAGGAGCGUAACCUGAACUGCGCUAGAGAAACAUCCAGUUGUAUGAACAAUUACAGCAGCAAAUCUCUUUGGAUAAAAGCAUGAGCUGAACCUAAGAAUCAUACAAUAGUAAUCAGUGGGCUCAGAAAUGGUACCGCGGUCCGAGAUGCCAGGUUCACAGGUUGGCUUCCAGUUACUGGUUGAUUUUUGUGCCUCGCCAGCGGUUUACACUGGAGGCACCGCCGCUCGUAGCUGGACUUGAUGAGAAUUGACUCUCGCCGUGGCUGACUGUCCUCCUCCAGUGCCGUCUGCACCACAGCGGUCACUUUACAUGGCUGUCGCCUCACAGUCGCCUGGACCACUCUCUGCCUGAACCUCUCGAUGUCUAAUUGAACACCUGUUGCUAAAGGUCAAAGCCAAAGACGCAUGGAGGAAAGUGGAUGCGGCCGAGGUAGCGGAGAGGUUAGGGGGACACAAGCUGUCAUAUUGGGUUAUAGGCCGACCAUCGUCUGUGACCAUGUGUGUCUGUUGGCCUCUGAGAGUCUGAGCCCAGUGUUUGCUCAGCGAACGUCUAGAAGGAAGACAUCCAGAGCGUAAUUCUGUGAAUGAGGAUUGAAAUUAAUAGGUUAGAGAUGUGUGUGUGUGUGUGUGUGUGUGUGUGUGUGUGUGUGUGUGUAA